ACCUACGGAUUGAUCCACGCUCCGGAACAGAUGGUGGCGGUAAUGCACCGAUAAGCUGCAUGCUAACCGCUGUUAAAAACUAAAGAAGAGGAGAGUUUGGGAGCCUGCUGACUUGUAUUUUGACAGCGCGUCGCGUGCGGCGAGACUCAUGGCGUGUUUCUUCAGGAGGCGCGUGGCGCUGCAGCUUGCAGAGGUGUGUGGACUGUCUGAAGAUGUGUUCAUACCACUCAUCUCUGCAGUGCCGGUGUCAAAGAAGCAGUCUGCCGCUGAUCUGUGUGUGUCGGUGAAGCGUCUGCUGCAGAACGGAGCUGUUGCUGCUGGUGGAGACCUGCAGAGCAAAACACAAGCCCUGGCCAAUCAGAUGAAGCGGGAUGCUGUCGUGGAGGAGGUCUCCGCCGGUCGAGGAGUGAUUCUCUUCAGAUUAAACAAGCUGAUCCUGGCACAGAAGCUCUUAGAGCAGCUGCGUUCAGAGCCGGAUGUGUUCGGCGUGAAGAGUGAACUUCUGCAUCAUCUUCAGGGAGGAAGAACACUGGUGGAGUUCAGUUCUCCAAACAUCGCUAAGAAAUUUCACGCCGGUCAUCUGCGCUCCACUAUAAUUGGAAACUUCAUUGCCAACCUAAAGAAGGCUUUGGGGAAAGAGGUUAUUCGAGUCAAUUAUUUGGGCGACUGGGGAAUGCAGUUUGGUCUGCUGGGCGCAGGCUUUGAACGCUUCGGCUCUCAGGAGAAGCUGAGGACGCAGCCGCUGGAGCACCUGUUUGAGGUGUAUGUUCAGGUGAACCGCGAGGCCGAGCGUGAUGAGAGCGUGCGUUCGGCCGCUGCAGAGUUCUUCAGACGUCUGGAGCAGAAUGAAGAUCAGGCCCUGGCGCUCUGGAGACAGUUUCGUGAGAUCACGGUGGACGAAUAUAAACGCAUCUAUCAGCGUUUAGGAGUUCACUUUGACCAUUACUCUGGAGAGGCGUUUCAUCACCAUCAAACCCAGAAUGUGCUGGACGUGCUGAUGAGCCAAGGACUCUUAAAGACCACCGAGAAGGGCACGGCUGUGGUGGAUCUGUCUGAAGCGGGCGAUAUGUCGUCUUACGCCACACUGGUGCGCAGUGAUGGGACGUCUCUGUACAUCACCAGAGACGUCGCAGCAGCACUGGACAGGAAGCAGAGGUUCGGGUUUGAUGAGAUGAUCUAUGUGACAGAUAAGAGUCAGACCGUCCACUUCCAGCAGCUCUUUCACAUCCUGCAAACCAUGGGACACCAGUGGACAGAGAGGUGUGUUCAUGUGGCGUUCGGGCUGGUGCAGGGCAUGAGCACACGCCGCGGGGAGGUGGUGUUCCUGGAGGACGUGCUGGAGGAGGCUCGCAGCAGGAUGCUCAACAACAUGAGGCAGUCCAGCAGUGAGAGAAAAUACUUUCUGAUUACCCUAUUACCUGUUGAUAUUGGUGACGUUCAGACUGUCAUUGUGUUUUAUAGCGUGCUGAUGUUUAUCAAAUGUGUUUGUCAGGACUUCAGAGGGCCGCUGAUGUCUGACUAUAAGUUUGAUUGGGACAAAGUCCUGCAGGCUCACGGGGACACAGGUGUGUUUCUGCAGUACACACACGCCCGACUCUGCAGUUUGCUGAGAAGACAUGCGAGUGAGACGCACUCCUGCUGUGACGUCUCUCCUCUGGUGGACAGCAGAAGCGUCUCGGUUCUCCAGCACCUGCUCAGAUAUGAUGAAGUGCUGCUUCAGUCGGCGAAUGAGCUGCAGCCCCGACACCUGGUCAUCUUCCUCAUGACUCUCAGUCACCUGGCGGCCUCGGCUCAUCGAGAGCUGCCCGUGAAGGGGAGUUCAGCGGCCGUGGCUCAGGCCCGACUGUGUCUGUUCAGCGCCGUCCGCUCCGUUCUGGCCAACGGCAUGAGGAUUCUGGGUAUCACGCCGGUGGAGAAAAUGUGACUUUCUGUUUGUUAAUCGCUAAAUAAAAGUCUUUUCCCUUUGUGUCUGCUCGUUUCCUGGUAAAGCGCACUUCAUCAUGUUUUAUGUAUUUACUGAGCAUCUUUAAAUGACUUGCGACUGAGGCCACACAGAGAGUGAGAUGUGUCAGAUAGAGAAGUGUGUUGUAGUGCUGCUAGCCUUCAGUAGCAGCACUGGACGGCUUGGACCUGUGACAGUAGCUACAUUUACAUGCAGCCACAUCAUCCAGUAACAGAUGGAUCAUUCAGACUGCAGAGCCUUCAUGUAAACACCUCAGUCGCUCUGAAUGAGCUCCAUCUGAGUAAAGGGGUGGUGGAGAUCAUCUGGAGCCACUGAAUCUGACGUUCUCUCAGUUGGAUAGAAAGUAACUGCAGUGCUGUGAUGUGGGUUUAUGCACAUCUGUGACCCUGGAGCACAAAAGCAGUCUUAAGUCGCUGGGGUAUAUUUGUAGCAAUAGCCA